AGUGAGAUAUCCGUCUAAAAAUAAACUUGCGUCUAGGAUAUAGUGUGUGGGUAUAACAUUAGAAACUCAACCGCAGCUAAAGACCAGUAUUUUCAGUGAGUGAUCCCGUAAUGUUCCUCGAUGUGAUUUUUAUACUGUUCUAUUUAAAGUGUACUAAUGACAUACUGUGUGAGACUACGCAAAACUUAUGCAAAUCUAAUCUUAGUCUACAAAUUUUCCAACUUGGAUAUUAUGUAAAAGGUUGUUGAGUUAUUUCAUUUGCUGAUUUGACAAAAAACAUAGCAGCCGGCAAAAUGGUGGUGCCAGAGGCUUCAAUUAAUAAUAUAAUGGGCGGCCUUGAAAGCACAGCUGGGGUCCGUCUACACAAUCAUCGAAGGAAACUCAAACAAAGAUUUGAUAUUGUAAGGAAACUAGGACAAGGUACUUAUGGAAAGGUACAACUGGGAAUAAACAAAGAAACUGGGCAAGAGGUUGCAAUCAAAACCAUAAAGAAAUGUAAAAUAGAGACUGAAGCUGACUUGAUACGCAUAAGGCGCGAAAUUCAAAUUAUGUCAUCAGUACAACACCCCAAUAUUAUCCACAUUUAUGAAGUUUUCGAAAAUAGAGAAAAAAUGGUGCUUGUGAUGGAGUAUGCGGCAGGAGGUGAACUCUACGAUUAUAUUUCGGAGAAAAAAGUUCUCAAUGAAGCCGAGGCCAGGAGAAUUUUCCGGCAAAUUGCUACAGCUGUUUACUAUUGUCAUAAGCACAAAAUAUGUCAUCGUGACUUGAAACUAGAGAAUGUUUUACUAGAUGAGCAUGGCAGUGCUAAGAUAGCUGAUUUCGGUCUAUCGAAUGUAUUCGAUGAAACACAUUUGCUGGGGACGUUUUGCGGCAGUCCUCUCUAUGCAUCGCCUGAAAUUGUUAAAGGCACUCCCUACCAUGGACCCGAAGUUGAUUGCUGGUCUUUAGGUGUCCUCCUAUACACAUUGGUUUACGGCUCAAUGCCUUUUGACGGAUCCAAUUUCAAAAGGCUGGUACGCCAAAUAUCACAGGGAGACUACUUCGAGCCUAAAAAACCAUCUCCCGCCUCGCCGCUAAUCGCCGAAAUGUUGAAAGUGAAUUCGGCUCGACGCGCUGAUAUAGUGGCGAUCUGCUCCCAUUGGUGGAUUGACAGUGGGGAGGCGGUGCCCUGCCUGGAGGUGGCCGAGGAGUUGGCCAAUCAGACGCCAGUGCGUCUGGAUCUGCUGCUCUCAUUGGCUCCCGCUGCUGUUGCCGCUGCGGCCAAUGAGAAGCUGCUCAUACCUGAACAGGAAGAAGAGGCGGCCCCAGCUAGUGAAUGCCCAGUGAGAUCUCAUUCUCUGGGUAGUCUUGCGGUCACACAGCCUAUUGACUUCCUAGCUGAGGAGGCUCAACGGUCUAAAAAAUCCGUCGACCCGAAACCGGACACAACAACUGAACGCAGGAAAGAGCGUUCGAAAAGCAAGCGCCGCGAACGCUCGUCGAGUCGCAACCGAAAACGGGACGAAUCCACACCGGAAUCCGACUCUUACACUGAAAAACCGCACCGAAAGUCGUCCAAAUCGAAGAAGAAACACCAGAAAACUGAGGAAACCCCGAAGAAAAUGGACGAUUCGGCGUCGACUAUUGCUGAUGAAAGUAUGGGGGAGGUGAGAGAAGUUGAGAAAAUUGAGGAAAAACAAGAGAAGAUGUUGGAAGACGAUUUGAAAAAUUCGGAAGUGGCAGAAAUUUUGCAGACUAUAAGUCAGUUGGAGAAGGAUUAUAAGGCGGAGGACGCAGCUAUUGAGAAGGGCGAAUAUUCGUUGGAUGACUAUAGGAUGGAAGAGGGGGAGAAGGGGAAGAUGAUAGAGGAGGCAAAGGAGGAGGUGAAGACAAAUGAGGAGGAGAAGAAGGAUGAGGAGAAGACAGUUGAAAAGGAACCUGACAAAACUGAACCUCAACCUACCACCGAACCAAAACCACCCAAAUCAGAGACCGUCAAGAAGGAGACACCGUCAAAGCCAGAUGACGACAAACCGUCAAAAUUGUCGUCAUCAAAACCUGAAGAUGACAAACCGAAAUCGUCGAAGCCGGAAAACGACAAAGUGAAACCAAAACUGGACGAUGACAAAACGAAACCUUCAAAAGCGGACGACGACAAACCGAAACCACUAAUGGAACGCCGCAAGUCGAAAAUCUUCGAGACGGCCGAAAAGUUUAGCCAGCUGCAAGAAAACGCCGCCUCAGCGAAACCGGUCGCUAAAAAGGUUUUCCUGCCGGGUGUCAAAGUAAGCGACGCCAAGCGAGCGUAUGAACGCAAGUCGUCGUUAGCUUCUUCGACGUCGAUGGGCGUCGUACGUCGCGGAUCAGUGGCGGACCAGUCGCAGUCGCGUCGCGGAUCGGUUGCGGAUCAGUCGCAGUCGCGUCGCGGGUCGGUUGCUGGUAACGAUCAGUCGCAGAGCGAUUUCGAUCGCAAGUUUUCGCUGGCGUCGACGGUGGCGCUGAAUAAGUUGGUGGAGGAUGUGGAGAAGCUGGCCAGGGCUGAGGAGGAGAGGGGGAAGCGGGAGAAGGAGGAGGAGGAGAAAGUGAAGGAGAAGGCCGAAGAAAGCAAAGAAGCGAAACAGAGCAAGGAGGAAACGGCAAAACCGGUGGAAGAGAAGAAAUCGGCUGAUAAACUUGUGGGAGAAGAGAAGACAAAAGCUAAAUCGUCCACGCCAGAAAAAGCCAAAGAGAAGUCGGUCUCACCGCCUGCAGCUGCCAAUACUCAAGUCAAGAAGAUACAGAAUGCUAUUCAGGUAAUUGGCAAUGCUAUUGACACAAAUAACGGUGAAAAGAAAGCAGCCACCCUGCCUCGUAGAAAGACGUCUAGGGCUGAAAUCAAACUGACUACACCCAAAACGGCGAAACCAGAAUACAGAAGCGAAGUGGAGCAUAUGGUAGCUGCAGCUCCACCCCCCACUCCACCCAGCGUGCAGCGUUCGGAGGUGGUGUUCCCAGUGGCAGCUGCUUCAACGAGUGCUUCACUCGGGGCGCUUGUUGCACCAGUAUCUGCCGUUGCAACCAGUGGGGCGCAUGCUGCAGCGGCGCAACAUCCCGUGCGUAGCAAAACGUUGCCUCCCAGAGAUGGAGGAGCACAGAGGGAGGUAGCACCUAGAGAGGGAUCAGUCACGCCCAGAGAGCACAUCAUUCCGAUUAGGUUUGAGGCGACGGGAGACGAGAGACCGCCCCCUGCGGUGAAAGCGGUUGAGAAGCAGAGACCGGUGUCUAGGACAAAUUCUAAGACCCUGUCACGCCAGAGCACAGCUGAUUCAGACUCUGGCAGUGUGGUGAGUCAGGGAGAGCCUAUCAGGAAGUCACCUCGGGAAGUUAUCAUCCCGAUAGCCGUAGAAGGAGGUGGAUUUGUCACGCCUAAUCUCGAGGCUGUCAACCGCAUGAGUUCGCUGACUGAGAGUGAUGACGAGUCGUCUGCCCACGGCUUCAGUCUGCACAGCACACGGCGACCGCACAAGCAGCUCGACACAGCAGACAGUGUCAGCUCUGACGAAGAUGACGACAAUUUCGAGAUUCUUACCGCCGAAAGUCUCUUCUCAGCGCUACUCUCCAAAGUUCGUAACCUGACACAUCGUCUCAAUACUGAAGAAACACGGCCGCCUGGUUUUCCCAGAUUAUUCAAUCAUCAUUCACUGUUUGAAAACUCGCCUAGUUUUUCGAGCCGUCGACUGUCGGAAGCGCGCUCGUUCAACCGUGCCGAUGUGCCCUGGAGACGCAGUCUGAGUCGAGACAGCAGUAGCACCCUGCCUAGAGAUUUCUCCACCCGUUCAUCAACUCUGCGUCCCAGUCUGCUUCACUCACGAAGCAUUGAACCCGGCACCUCGAAGCUUCCCCGCCGAUCCUCUCUCUCUCUCCGACAAACUUCGACUGAUGAAAAGCCUCCCGUCUACCGCGGUCAAAAGUUCCCGGCACGCAACUUAGUUCCAGAAACUGCCACCGGAGCGCUAGAUGCGUCCAGUGGUGCGUCUUCUAGUAGCAAACAACAGUCUAUGGUCAGAGAUGUAGAUGGUAAAAUGUAUACUAAUGAUUCAAAAGAGGUUGAAAACUAUAGUACCAGUAGUUAUUCUAGUAGUUUACAAGAUAAACAGUUUGUAGAUGAAGAUAGCAAAGGUUAUUCUAAAAAACUACAAGAUAAACAACAGGUUGUCAAUGAAGGUAGUAGUGGUUAUUCUAAUAAUUCACAAGAAAAAAAGGUUGUAAAUGAAGGUAGCAGAGGGUUUCCUAGUGGUUUACAAGAUAAUCAGGUUCUUAACAAUGGUGGCAGAGGUCUUUCCUCAAAUUUACAAGAAAAACAGGUUCUUAGCAGUGGAAAUAUCAACUCCCCAACUUCAAAUUCACCAAAUAAACAGGCUUUAGAUAGUGGUAGGUCCACUAGUUUACAAGAAAAUCGAUUUGGAAGUCGAGAAUAUUCCACAAAUUUACAAGAAAAACAGUCUUUAGAUUGUGAUAGAAGAGGGUUUUCUUCAAAUUUGCAAGAUGAUAGGAGAGGUUUUUCCUCGAAUUUACAAGAUAGACGGGAUACGGAUGAUAGGAUGAAACGGUAUAGCUUACAGGAGAGGCAGUCUAUGAUACGAGAAAUGAUGGACGAUAGGAUGAAGAGAAAUAGUAGAGAAGAGGGAGUGAGAGGUAGUUUUCUGGGAGAUAGGAGUUCUAUGAUAAGGGAAGUUGGUGAAGGGGAGACUAGAAGGAGUACUAGAGACGAGGUGGCUAAAAGAAGUACUAGGGAUGAGGGUAAAAGUAGCAACAUUGAAGCUAGAAGAUCAGGGAGUUUUUCGUCGAAUUUCUCGGACCGAAAUAGUUUGAUGAGAGAGUUGGGGACUGAGGAGAGAGGGAAAACUAGUGUGUCGCCAUAUUGGGACGAUAAGAGUAGUAACAGUGAUUUGUCCGAUAGUUAUAGAACAGCCAAGAAUUCGAGAUCAGUUUCUGUUGAGAAAAAUAACCCGCUAGAUAUGAGUUCAAGUGGGAGAGUGUUGGGUAGUUACAGCGAUCUAUCGGACGAUUCUAGAAAGUUGUCGAAGAUUGGGAGCGAUUUUUUGUCGAACGGAAGCGAACGUAGUCGGAAAAUUUCGGUGACAAAGAGAGAUGAAGUGAGAAGGGAGUCUGAUGUGGAGGGAGUGAGACGGGAGUACAACAGAAGUGUGUCGACCGACCGUAGACGGUUCAGCUACAUGGAGGGCACACUGAACUCCCCCUACGCUGCCUCGAAUAGAGUGGCCGAUAGUUUGAGGAGUCGACGGCACACUAAGGAUUUCUCGCUGACUUCUUCGGGCUCGUUCAGUGAGCGGAUAACGGCCAAAGAUAUUGAGAAGUUCAGGAGUGAGUUCCGGAGGACGAAUAGUGAGUCAGCUAGGUUGAAAGCUGCUGGGGAAACUAGUAAUAAUGUGGAUAGUUCUACUGAGAAUAGUUCGGCUAGUGAAGGAGGUAAUAAACCUGUGAAAAAAGCUGAUGUUGCAAAUAAUAAUUUGGUUGAGAAUGGUGGUAGUAAAUCUACUGUUGAUGAAAACAUAUCCCCGAAACAUGGUAGUAAAAACUUGACUGAUUGUAUGAAUGAUAACUCAUCUGGAGGUUCAGGUAUAAAUAGCAUGACAACUGAAAAUGGUUCUAAAGAUGACAGUAAAUCGGGAGAGAUUUCAACUAAUCAUCAACAAAUUAAGGAUGAAGAUUGUGAUAACUUGAGGAAAUUGGAUAACAGUUUGAAUGAGGGAGGUGAUUGUAAUGGUAAUAAGAAGUUGAAAAACAUCAAUGACGAUGUGACAAAGUACAAAAAACCUGAAAGUCCGUUGUCGUUCUCAAUGAAGGAAUCCAGUUAUCAAAAACCUCUGACAAAUACCCAGUAUACUACUAGGAGAAAGAGUUAUAUUUCGUCGGUACUAGACAGGGAAGAUGGGAGGGGGUUGUCGAGAAUCGCUGGACGUUCAGAAUCGAAUGGGAGUCCUGAUUUUCGUAGAUCAAUAUCGUUGAACCAGGGUGGCAACCCUGAAGAUUUCAGAAUUAAGGAUAGCAAGGGUGUAAGUGUGAGGAGAUCACACAGUGUCACCCCCGAUAGAUCGGUUUUGGGAAAGUAUUUAGGGGGUGAAAAGUCGAGUUCAGUGUUUUCUGAGGGGGAGAAGGUGGUUGGUAGAAAAUUGGAGGAUUAUAGUGGGGAAAGUGGAUUGGGAGACGGUCAAACGCCUUUGAGAAAUCGACGAAAAUCAAGGUUUCUACGGCCUGAUUUCUAUGACACGCCUCGUGAGGAGAGUGUCUACGUUAAGAAUGAUGGGGAAGUGUUGGGCAAGGAGGAGAAUAAGGAGGUUGAAGUGAAGAAAGGCAAGAAGAGUAGAGUGAAAGAAACGAUAAGGAGUCUGCGGGAAAGCAGUCUGCCGAAAGAGUGUGAUGUGGCUAUUAGUGAGUCAUCACUGAUCAAGAGGGCUGUGUCGUUGGAUGAUGUUUCCACAGUGGGUAGUAGUGGCGGUGGCGGGGGUAGGUCUAAACUGAAAACAUCGUCUCCACGUGCUAAACGAGCGUCGUCUGUUAGCAGUGAUCGUAGAGUGAUUGUGGAGCCGUUGGCGAAGAUUGAGAGCUUUGUCAAGAAUAAAAUGUCGAUGGAUAAGAGGAAGAAACGAGAAGAAAAGACUGAGGAGGAGAAGGAGUCGUUGAUGAGUAGGGUGGUGAGGAGAUUGAGCCCCAAGUUGGUGGGGAAAAGUUUCAGGAGGAGAUCGUGUGUUGGGGUGGCACCGAGUUUUGGGGAUGAACAGAAUGGGGAUAAAAGUGGCAGCGAAGCUAGAGCCGCCCGCAUCGCCAACCUGAAAAAGUUGGAUUUCUCGAAACCACACCGCAGCGCGGACUCCACCCCCAGUUUCGACGAUUAUGAUGAGUCAUCUCUGCUACUUUUGUCGCCCACCGACGACCAGAGCGACAGUUGGUCGGCGACUAGCGACUAUUUGGACGCGCGCGACUUUGCGGUGUCGCCGACGCUUCACUCGUCUGGCGCUGAGGAGAGUGUCAGCGAACGUAUCCGGCGGAAGAGUUUCUAUUCGAGGUUCAACCAGCUGAAGAAGAAGGUGGCCAAGAAUUUGCCGACGUCGGCGAGUGGCCAAUCAACGAGGUUGCCGACGCAGUCACGGUUGCCAACUUAUCGCAAGUCGAUGUCGUCCAGUUUGCCGAUUUCGGGUGGUAGCGCUGAUUCACAGCAGGUUGACAAAUAGAAUAGAAUUUAUUGUAUUACAAAACACUACAAAACACUACAUAAUCAAGCAUGACUAUAUCAAUCAGUAGUAUGCGCCAUGUAGAAACAAGUAACAAGUUAUAAAAUAGAGUCUCUAGAACAGAAGAUCAUGUUCAUGAACCCAACGCCAAAUCACACAUGAAACAACCGGAAAAACUCAUCAAUUGUGUACUACUACUACUGUUUAUAAUUACUGUGUGAUUGGGGUGAGAGUGUAAGAACGGCACAGUAUGAGAGAUUACCAGCGUCACAUAGCUUCACCAAAAACAAAAACUAGGACUAUCGGCUUGAGUUAACAGUGAAAUUUGGAAUAUAAACAACCUAUUCCAUGCGAUAUCUUUUUAUUUUUUACUUUCUCAAUGGUAUUGCUAAUUGAGACCCAACUGGAGUUGUCUACCAAUCUCAUCUAUACCAAUGUCUACCAAUUUAAACGCUGAUAUUAUUGGUAGUGGUGAACAACAGGUUGACAAAUGAGCCGAUUUAUUUGGGUAAUUUAUGUGGGUAAGGUUGGUUGAAAUGAACAUAGAUUUGUCAAACGAUGAGAAUGAUUGUUGUUGCUAACUUGAUUUGGGAAGAUAUUUUUGUGGUAAUGUUGGUGGUACUGAUAAGAUAAGAGAUGAGGGAUUGCUAAUUUGAUGGGAACUAAUAAUAAUGGAAUAGAUGGGAAUAACUUCAUACAUAUGUUGGUAGUUAAUACUGAUAAAAAGGUUGAUAGAAGAUGAAUGAUCGCUAAUUUGAUGGAAAUUAAUAUAAUGGAAUAGUCGAGAAAAACUUCAUACAUCUGUAAAAAUAUUAAAAUGCUUGGUUUUCCAAAAACUUUGCCGUGAAUGUACAUAGAUACUAGUACAAAGAUGAAAGGUUGUAUCUUGUAAAUCUAGAAAGAUUCAUCAGCAUAUACUGAUAAGUAAAAUGGUCUCGAUUUUUUCAUGUAGAUUGAUCAAGAUAAAUUAUCAAUUGAUUUCUGAUUAAUUAAUAGAUCAAUUGAAUAAAAUAUUACACUAUAUUGGAGCUUGGAGAUUGGUAAUGUAAGACGAAAAAAUAUAGCUUUCUUCUUAUGUACUUAUUAUAACAAGAAUCCCAUGUAAAAGUCAAAAUAACGAUGUGGAUGUAGUUCUUUUCAUGAUAUUUUCUCAAUAAAAAUUUAGACAUUUUUAUCGGUAUCUACAAAUAGUCAGCUACAAAUAUUCUCAUGAUCGUGUAGCCCUUGUAGAGAAAGCUUGUAUGUAGAGGGGUGUUCAUAAAAGGUGUACAAAUUCGGAAUUUACAUAAUAAACCAUGAGUAGACUUUUGUAGACCUUCUUAAAGCCUAAAUUUUGCCGAGAACUUCCCUGUUUUGAACCUGAAUUUCUGGGACUGUACUACUAAUCAAGAUCAUUGAAAUAGAGUUCUGAAUCUGAAACGCUGAAAAUCUAAACCCGAGCUGUAGUUCAGUUAUAUUAAGUUAGCUGAAUUAGUUUAUUAUUGUACUUAUGCUUGGAACUUAUGUUAUUUGAACUCGAGACCAUUAAUCUCUAACUUGAACUGUGGUUGAUUUUGAAACCCGAUUAAUCGAAAACAAAAACCAAGUUUGAUUUUCAAACUAAGUUUGAUCUUCAAACCACGUUUGAUUUUCAAACCAAGUUUGAACCCCGAUUCAAGUAUACACAUCAAAUUUAGUCACAUUAUGUGAUAUUUAUUGCUAACAAUAAUUAAAGACAACAAACCUAUGAACUUUCUGUGAAAUAUUAGAAGAUAUCGUACAAGCAGUUUAGCAAAUUAUUCGACUUUUUCAACAGUCAAUUUAUUAAAUGAAAAAGACUAAGAAAUUGUCAAAAAACACAGAUUUUUUGAUACAAGUAUCAUUUAAUAUGAAUAAUUACCACAAUAUCAACUUCUCAACUACACAAAAAGUCAAUUUAUUAAUGAAAAUAUUUAAAAUUUGACACUGUGUUAGCAAGCGAAAUCAAAAAAACAAUUCAAAUAUUGUAAAUAUCUUAUAAAUAAGUUGUUAUGUUGUAAGGUAUCUGAUUUUAUUUAUAACAAAGUAUUCAAAUUUAUUCAUCUUAGUUAUAAUAUUUUAAUAAAUUAUAAAUACACAUUGAAUCUUGUUUUCAUUGUGAAAUAAAACUGUUGUCACUAUUCAAUGCAUUGAAUUAAGAAGUGAUAAAUUUCACUAUCAAAAGGUGAAUAUUUCAUCAUCUUUUAUUGAUGAAUAAAAUUAAUAAAUAAUGCAAACUUAAUCUGUGAUCACUUUCUUAUUGUAUUGCUUUGAGCUUUAUUUACUUAUUUAUUUAUUUAUCUAUCUGAAAAUUCAAGCAAUAUCUUCUACACCAAUAACAAAGUUAACCUUGCUAGUAAAACCAAAGCUUAUUUAAUAAAUUGCUAUAAUUAUCACAUUAUUUAUCAAGCUAAACACUAAUCUCAAUAAUAUUAUUUAUUGGAACAUAUCUAGUCACGUUAAUUUAUUUUAUUAUUAAAUGGUUUUAUUUCGUAUUUUAUUAUCUUAUCCACUGUUGUGUCUCAUAUACGUUAAAUAUUUUAAAUUGAUGUAUUAUGAAAAUUCAUAGUUUAUAUUGAAUAUUGAAUUCCUAGAAAGUCUUGAAGAAUUUAUGAAAGUUUUCAAUAAAAUAGAAUUUUCUUUGAUUAAAAAAAAUGAAUUGGUUGCCAGAAAACACGAACAGGCAAUUUAAGUAAUUUCUUCUUUUAUUUUGGCUGUAUUUUAUUCUAUUUCUUCUAAUUUGUGAAUGUCAAGCUUUUUCCAAUUUAGUUGUUCUUCAAAAUUCAUCAUGCAUCAGUAAAAUAUUCUACUGCCCAAGAUUAGUUAGUGAGAUUAUUAAAUUUGCUUCUUUAAAUUUUACAAAUUCACCCGAAGUUUAUUAGGCUGAAUAACAAUUUUAAUUUGAUAUUACAAAUCUUAAUUUCAUGAGAUCUCGAUUGAAUUUUGAAUUACACUUCUAUUAGAAUAUACAAUCUUUCAAUAAUUUGUAGAAAAAUAAACAAUUUUUAGAAUCAAAUUAAAGUAUUCAAAGAGCAAUAAUCAACUUAGGUAAUUCGCUUUCAAAACCUUUACAUCCCAAAUUAAAUAAUUUUCUACAAAUAUUUAAGUAAAUAUUGAAAUGAGCUUUGGGAGAAUCCAGUGUUAUUGAGAAUUUUUCAAUAACUAGAGAUUUUGCAGUUCUCCCUAUAAUUGAUUUGCUUCUAAACUUGCAUUUCCAGAAUCUAAUGUGCCUUCUAGCAUUAAAUACUGUAGCUUGUCAAUAAAAUGUUCCUUCUCGCAUAAUAUCUAUCCAAAAAUAAUAAUUGUUAGUUAUUUUUGAAUGUAUAAACUAGAAUAGGAUAGAUUCAAUAGGGAGGAAAAAUCAAAACCACAAAUACGUCGUAAAAUUUAUGUUGAGAACCUGUAUAUUAAUAAGGUUGUAAAUUUCAUGUAUUAGCAUUUUGCUAAGAAUCUUUAAUGAUUGCAAUUUUUAACUAAAUGAAAAUAUAAUCAAAAAAUGAAAUGGAGAGAAUAAAAAAUUUUAAGACAGUAUUAACAAUUUGUUUUCUUAUUUUAAUUUAACAGUAGUUUAAAAUUGAUAGAAAUGAACAUUUCAAGUCAGUAUUAACAAUAUAUUUGUUUACAGAUCUAGUCCACAUCACUGGUUAUUUACUCUUAAUAUUUCAAUGAUCUUAACCAAUGUAAUUAGACUACAUAAUGUAUUUUUUGUAAACUUCACAGUUACUUUCAAAUUGUUUAUUAUUCUUUUCAGUAAUAGAUAGAGAUUGAUCUUGUUUGUAGUGGCAUAAGAUCAUUAUUAGGAAAUCUAUAAAUUUAUAAUAUAUAAACUUUAUAGUUUCAAUCUUGUUGAAAUUAUUUGUGGUGCUGUUUUGUAUUUUUGAAAUAUCCUUCGCUUAUAAAAAUGUAUUUAUAUAUAAUGUUGCAGUGGAGAAAUUAUUAUUAUUAUUAUUAUUACUUGAAAGCUUUUGAAAAAUGUUUGGUAUUGUUAAUAUAAAUAUAUUAUCUACUAUCCUACCCUUCUUAUAAAAAAUAACAUCGCAAUAUUAUUAUUACACUUGUAGUAAUAAUAUUGAUGAUAUAUUUUGUUACCAGUUUGUUAUGUAGUAUGUAAAUUCUAUUGAUUGAUGAAAUAAUAAUUAAUAUUGCGCACGCAGUGAAGAGUAAUGAAUGAUGUAUCAAAGUUUAUAUACUCUUGUUGCCAUAAAGCAAUAUUUUUUGAGAAAAUAAAGUAUUUGAAUAACAUU